GUCUCCACCUGGUUCGCCAACGCCCGCCGGCGGCUGAAGAAGGAGAACAAGAUGACCUGGACCCCGCGUACAGGAAAAACGCCACCCGCGACGCCACGGCCACGCUGAAGGCCUGGCUGCAGGAGCAUCGCAAGAACCCCUACCCCACCAAGGGCGAGAAGAUCAUGUUGGCCAUCAUCACCAAGAUGACCCUCACUCAGGUCUCCACCUGGUUCGCCAACGCCCGCCGGCGGCUGAAGAAGGAGAACAAGAUGACCUGGGCCCCACGGAACAAGAGCGAGGACGAGGACGACGACGAAGGCGACGGGGCGAGGAGUAAAGAGGAAAGUCCCGAGAAGAUGCCCGAGAGCAACGAAACCUCCGCGGAGGACGAAG